CAGAUAGUAGCCGCUGCCCACCACACUCUCCCUCUCUCCGGCCGCGACCCUGAGUGCUGCUGAGACCUGAGAAACGACUGCAGGAAUUGCGCAUGCGCAAAAGAGAAUGCAGGCACCGAUAGAGCACAGUGUGAGAUGACGGGUGUGUCCAGUUUGUUCACCUGCUGGUGUGAGUUCUGCUGACACAGGAAGAUAGGCAGGAUGGGUAGUCUCUAAGGUCAACAGAGGCCUUGGCAACACUCACAGCAACAGCCGGGAAGCAGGCCACGAUCAGACAGAUCCCGAGCCAGGAUUCCUCUCCACUAUGGAGUAUGUGGCAGCCCCAGGCCCCAGGCCAGGUGCCCCACUUCAAGUCACAGAGAAUGUUGUUCCAGGAACUGAGGAUUGGCUGCCAAGGGUUUCUGGACAGCCCACCUGGGCUACUGGCCUGGAGGGAGAGUAUCAGACAGAUCCAGAGCCGAGUGAGAAGCAGCAGUUGCAGCAUCCCUCGCCCUGGUUACCCACAGAUUUCCAAGGAGCUGGUUGACCUUCAGAUUGCAACCCAUCGCCUUCGUGAGCAGCAUGAAGCUGAAGUCUUCGAGCUGAAGAGGGAAGUUCUUCGACUGGAAAGUCGGGUGCUAGAGCUAGAACUGCAUGGAAAUGGUGACUGCAGGGGACAUGGAGUCCAACCAGCAGCCAGUCCAGGGCAACACAAGGUGCCACCACAAGAGGUGCAGCUCAAGCAAGACAGACUCUCUGAGCCUGAGACCCUGAACAAUCCAGCUUUUGUUCACCAGCAGAAGCUGCAGGGGGAGUUGAACUUGGUCCUGGAGCAUCACAGAGUCAGACAGCAGGCAUUGGAGACACGAGUGGCAGUCCUAGGCUGGCAGUUGCAGAGAGCCCAAGAGGAAGCCAGGGCAGCUGAUCAGCGGCUGGCUGCCCAAGCAAUGGUGUUGUCAACCUGUCAGGAUCAGCUCCAGCAGGCUGAAGCUGAAAAUGCUCAGCUGCAAUUGCAGCUGAAGAAGUUGAAUGAGGAGUAUGCUGUCCGGCUGCAGCGCUACGCCAAAGAGACAGUGGAGACCACCAACAGUACAGGUCAGGCAGCCCUUCAGACGUUCCUGGAGGCCACUCUGCAGGACAUUCGGGCCGCACACCGGAGCCGAGAACAACAGUUGGCCCAAGCGGCCCGGACCUACCGCAAGCGCCUGGUGGAUCUGAGCCGGAGGCAGGAGCUGCUACUAUCCACCUGCAGGGCUACUUUUGCAACAGCCAUCGACCUGGAGCCAUCAUCCAUGCACUGGGCCACUGAACUCAGCCACCAAAGGGAGGAUAAGUAUGGCCGAUACAGGACACUGCUACUGUGCCCCGAGAAAGGACCUGGUGCAACUUCUAAGGAAGGAAGGUCACAGCCACUGGCCCGCGAUACUACAUCCUGGUCCCAAAUCCAGCAGAAGUUGCGGGACUUCUCCCAGGACACCCAGGUAGAGCUAGAACGAGAGCGGGCACAGCUGAUGGUCCGGGCCACCAUGGCGGAACAGCAGCUUUCUGAGUUACAGGAGUAUGUGGACCAGCACUUGGGCAGGUACAAGCAGGAAAUCCAGAGACUGAGGAAGCUGGUGAAGACAGGAGAUCCCCAGGGAGUAGAAGCUAUGCCUUCCUCUAGGCCCCGGCGCCCAAGGACCCAGAGUCACUAGCUAACUAGUCUCCCAGAGGAAGCACAAAUCAAACCUCUUCACAGCCAGCACGGCAUCUGCUGCACACCCUAUCCCAUAGAGUGAUAAGUCAGGAUUGAACCCACAGAGUCUUUAUUGUAUCCAGUCAACCAGCCUGUCAACCU